UCUGUCAUCAUUAGUAACUGUAACCAAUCAAAGGAAACAUUCACCGAUUGUAUAUCCUUUGUUCUAAAAUACACCACGUGUGUUGAAAAAAGAAACUCGGCACGUUGUGAGAGAAAAAUAUAUCUGUUAAAAAAUUAUAUCGUGAGUGACUGAUUUUAGCGCGAGUUUAUCGGGAAAACCGCUGUGUUGUCAGGCAAUUAUCUAAUUCCCAACACAAAGUGGCACCUCCGACAGGACAGGAACAAAAGAAAGGGGAAAACAAUCAGAUCUGACGCCAGGAUUUUACAAUGGAGAAACUGCUCGCGGAUCUGAACACACAAUUUCAAUUGUUUAACCUCACCAAGGAUAAGAGCGAAGGAACCAUCGCAAAGGGAAACGUGGAAGGUUGGAACGUCAACUUCAGUCUUUGAGGACUAUCGUGACGAGAGUGGAGGAAUUUAAGCUUCAAAUCGAGCAAACAAAAAUCGCAAACGGAGUGCAACAGGAUGACGUGUCAAAAUGGAGCCUUACAGUUGAGGCCGCGCAAACAUCCGCUGAUGAGAACGUCGCGUACUUACGAAAGUGGUUAACAGAAUGGAAGCAAAAGGAAAGCCUUACAGAGAAGGAGGGAGAACAAGCCCUUAUAGAGAAAUCGAGGAAAGAUCGACAUGAAUUUGAACGUGCACAACUGGAGAUGAGGCUAACGUAUGAGAAGCAAAUCGGGGAGACAAAAGGAAACCAUGCGAAAACCACAGAACCGACGUUGAUUCAAGCAGCGAAAACCGCCAAACUUCCUAAGCUUGUCAUUACAAAGUUUAGAGGCGAGCUAACAGAUUGGCCCCGGUUCUGGAGUCAGUUUGAAAUCGAGAUCGACAAAGCAGAAAUAGCCGGCAUGACGAAGUACUCCUACUUAAAGGAACUCGUAGACCCGAAGAUACGAACGGAAAUCGACGGUUUGCCCUUUUCAUCAGAGGGAUACGAGCGCGCGUAGAACAUCCUGUCAAGGAAGUAUGGCCAAACAAGCGAGGUCGUUAACGCGUACGUGGAAAACAUCAUGUCUUUGCCUACAAUUGGUGGAACCCCGCCGGCCAAAAUCCACGAUUUCUACGAGAAACUUUUUUUCAAUGUGCAAUCGUUAGAAACAAUGGGGAAACUGCGAGAUGUGAAUGGAUACGUGCGGAUGACUAUAGACAACCUGCUAGGGAUAAGAGGAGAUCUUGUGCGAACGGACGAUUCUUGGCGAGAGUGGAAUUUCCCAAAGUUAGUGGAUGAGCUCCGCAAAUGGACAGAAAGAAACCCGAUUCAAUCUAAGCAAAGUGACAAGCCCUGGCGUGACAAGAAUUUUCAAGUCCAACAGCAGACUGAUGGUAGAAACCGUGGAUGCGUUUAUUGUGAAAGCCAUGAUCACAAAUCGGUUUACUGCAAAACGGUUGCAACUGUCGACGCUCGCAGGAAAGUACUCAGCAACAAACGCCUCUGUUUCAACUGCAUCGGAAGCAAACACAGAGCUGAUGAUUGCAAGAGCCGUUCCUUGUGCCAGAUUUGUCACAGAAGGCACCACACCUCCAUCUGCAGCAGCAGAAUCAGUAACCAGUUAAUGACAGCUACUUCAAUGGAAAGACCAACUGUGAUCUAUCCGGUCGUCGUAGUGGAAGUGCUGGGAGCCAAGUGUCGUGCGUUGUUAGACACCGGUGCCGGAAGCUCGUACGCUUCAGCAACGUUACUUGAUCGCUUAAAGAUCCGUCCUCAUCAACGAGAAGUACGACAGAUUGAAAUGAUGAUGGGAGUGGUUAUUAAGCCUGUGGAGAUUUUCAAGGUCCAGAUAAGUUCCCUGAAUGGUGAUUUCCUCCUCGAAACGGACGUAACCAUGGUAAACAGAAAACAGCUUUUAUCCCUGGAAAACCUUCGCUACCAGCAGGUCCUGAAAAGGUACUAUCAUUUAAAGAGAGUGAAAAUGGACGAUAUGGACACAAAGGAUUUCCUUCCAGUGCACCUUAUCUUGGGAGUAUGCGACUAUGCUAAGAUAAAGACUGAAACCGAACCUCUUAUCGGAGCCGCAAACGAGCCUAUCGCCGAGAAAACAAGGUUUGGAUGGACCAUUAUUUCGCCAGGAAAAGAAGUGGAUCUGUCUCCAAUGUUCCUGACACAAACAUCGACCGCAGAUUACGACAACUUGUGCAGACUGAACGUACUUGGACUCGCGGAUUGUGCAACUGGUGACCAAGAAGAGGUAUAUUCAGAGUUCAAAGAGCAACGUAGACGAGGCGAAGAGGGUUGGUACGAAACUAGCCUUCCAUGGAAGGGGAACCACCCACCUCUGCCAAGCAACGAAGCGGGAGGUCUUCGCAGGUUAACUGGCCUCGUAAAAAAGCUAUGCAGUCAAGGAAUGAUAGAGCGUUACGAUCAAGUGAUCCAAGACCAAAUCAAGGCUGGGAUCGUCGAGAAAGUUAGUAGACCUCCAACUGGGCAACACGAGUUUUACAUUCCUCACAAGGCAGUGGUACGCGACACAGCCGAAACCACCAAGCUUCGAGUAGUUUAUGACGCGUCAGCACGGGCCUACUCUGGUGCACCCUCGCUAGAUGAGUGUCUGAAUCCUGGUCCACCUCUUCAGAACAAGUUCUGGAGUGUCCUAGUUCGUUCUCGAUUUCAUCCAGUUGCAGUCGCAGGAGACAUCAAGCAAGCUUUCCUCCAAGUCCGUAUUAAAGAGCAAGACCACGAUGCGCUAGGAUUUCAUUGCUUGAAGGACCCAAGCAGUCAAAUUGUGGAAACGCUGAGGUUUACUAGAGCCCUUUUCGGCCUCACAUCGUCGCCCUUCCUGCUGGGAGGCGUAAUCCAACACCUGUUGGACAGUUGCAGACAAAGCUACCCGAACAUUGUCAGCGAGAUCGAAAGAAGUUUAUACGUAGACGACCUUAUCAGCAGCGGCCCUACAAGUGAAAAGGCAAAAGAAAUCAAAUCAGCUUCUCAGAUUGUAUUCGCCAAGGGCACCUUCGAGUUGCAUAAAUGGCAUUCGAACGUGAAAGAGUUGGAAUCAGCCGCUUUCGAAGCAGUCUCGAUCGAGGAAGAAACGUACGCAAAAGGGCAGUUAAACGUCCCCAGAAGAGAAGGAACUACCCUGCUUGGCUUGCCAUGGGACAAGGAAAACGAUACUGUCGGCUUGAGUUUUCCACAAGAGAAAGCUGAUCCCAGCAAGCGGGGAAUUUUAAGCAAAGUUGCGAGGAUCUAUGACCCACUGGGAUUGGCCUCUCCUAUCUCAUUAGGCGGAAAAAUUCUCUUCCUUGACGUGUGUGACUCCAAGCUGAACUGGGAUGCAAGGCUACCAAGCAAGUUGAUGCAGAGUUGGAUCCGAUGGGAGGAGCGACUUCCGGAGCAGUUCACAGUUCCGUGUUUUUAGCAGCCUAUCAAUAGGAUAUUCAGUCAAUCGAGUUGCACGCCUUUGGUUGAAGGGACUACCGCUGGCCACAUACUGAGGACUCGUCAGGACCGCUGACCUGUGCUAGUCAGCGAGAUCGUUUCGGACACUCGAACUCAUGAACAUCAACAAAUAUCUUGCGAAUUGAACUUAUUAUCAUCUGUUUCAUCGUUGUGAUUAAACCAAAUCAAUCGAGGAGUUCGCUUCAUUGGUGAUGCCAGUGGUAAGGGUGUAGCUGCGGCUGUGUAUUCUGUACUUUUUCAAGAGUCAGGCGCCAAUCAGGGGCUUGUGGCAGCGAGAGCGAGACUUUCCAAAAAGGGACUGACGAUCCCUCGGCUAGAGUUGGUGUCUGGACACAUGGCAGUGAAUCUUUUGGCAAACGUGGCCUCAGUUCUGGAGGGAUUUCCCCUAAUACAAAAGUACUGUUGGCUCGAUAGCACCGUCUCCCUGCACUGGAUCAGAUCUCCAGGCACAUAUAAGCAGUUUGUGAGUAACAGGGUUGAGAAAAUACAAGCACAUUCGGAAGUGACCUGGCGACACGUAGGGACUUCGGAGAACCCUGCUGACCUUCGAAGCCGUAGUGGAGAUGUGACAAAUAAUCCCUCUUGGUGUAAUGGACCGAAGUGGUUGAAAAACAAAGCGUGCUGGCCUCCAGAUAUUGUGACUAAGGCAUCAGAUGAAUCAAUGGCAGAAGUGAAAGCGACGCAAGAUGUUUUUGCUGUGGCGAUAGCAACUACAGACGAGCUAGACACCCUCCUUGAGAAAUCUACCUACUGGAGGACGAUGAGAAUCUGUGCGUGGAUAAUGCGGUUCGUCCACAACGUUCGUUCAAGGAAGACAGAAAGACUCAAGGGACCGCUGACAACGGAAGAAACUAACAAAGUGAUAAUCUUUUUGGGUGAAAAGAGUCCAGUCCCGAGUCGCAGUUGAUAAACAAUACCAAGAAGAUCGGUUGCAACUGAAUCUACAACCAACCCAAGGCGGCGUUUUGGAAUGUCGAGGUAGAAUCCAAGGGCAUUUCCCAGUAUAUUUGCCCGAUAGUCACCCCUUCACAGAGAAGCUCGUAACACAAGUUCAUCUCGGGAGUCGUCAGUACCAUGGCAAACGUCCGAGAGCUGUACUGGGUUCCGCGCCUUAGAAGAUUGACCAAACGAAUCGUGAAGAGUUGCCACGGCUGUCGGCGGUUUCAAGCCCAAGCAUUUUUAUCCCCACCCCAAGGAGACCUCCCAAGGGAUCGCACGGGACCGUUGAAGUACCGUAAGAACGGUACGGGACGUUGAAGUACCGUAAGAACUACGCGGGACCGUUGAAGUACCGUAAGAACGCAAAGACAGAGGGAAAGGCGUAUGUGUUGCUGUACGCCUGUAGCCUGACACGAGUUUUAUUCUUGGAUUUACCGUCCAACUUGGAAACUAAAGAAUUCCUCGCGAGUUUCAAGCACUUCAUCGCCCGACACGGGAGACCGCAAAAGGUGUAUUCUGACAACGGAAGAACUUUCGUUGGUGCCGCCCAGUGGAUUAAGCAAGUGAUGCACGAUGAAAGGUUCCAGAAUUUCCUCGCUUACCAAGGGAUCAAGUGGCAGUUCAAUUUGAAUCGUGCACUGUGGUGGGGAGGGCAAUUCGAGAGAAUGGUGGGACUCGUAAAAGGAGCCCUUUACAAGUGCAUUGGAAACGGUCUACUGUCCUGGACUGAACUUGAAGAGGUACUGCUAGACAUAGAAGUGGCACUAAACAAGAGACCACUGAGUUACGUGAAUGACGAUAUUCAGCUACCUAUCCUGACCCCGAGUUCCUUCCUGUAUGGUCAACCGAACAUGCUAUCAGAGUUAGAACCUCAUCGUGUUCAGGAACAUGACUUGCGGAAGAGAGCCAAUUAUUUGAGGAAGUGCAAGGAUACACUAUGGUCACGCUGGACAAGAGAGUACCUUCGUGGACUGAGAGACAGAGACUGGCUGAAGCACAAAGGAGACGUGACCUAUCCAUCCAGGGGAGAAGUUGUUAUCAUCAAAUCAGAGGAGAAGAACCGAGCACAGUGGAAGCUGGGGGUCGUUGAAGACCUGAUCACCGCCCGUGAUGUCGUGAUUCGUGGGGCGAAGCUAAAGUCCGGAAAGGUGCAUUUGGAGCGCCCAAUUUAGCACUUCAGUGUAUCCUCUGGAGUUGAGCUGUGACAAGUCACUACAGACCCCACCUGCGACCCUGAAUGCAGACGCGCCGGUCUACAGGCCCCAAAGGGAUGCUGCUGCAGCGGCUAGAUUUCGUAUUCAGGAUAUUAACGAGAAUGAACAAUGAACACAUUUCUUGAUCAUGACUGAUUUUCCAACUGUUUAAGUUCGUGGACAUUUGCCCUCUCGAGGCAAAUGGGGGAGGGUGUCGGAAAUCGUGUGUUUACAUAAUCAAACCUUUUUAAUGCGUUUAAAAUUUUGUUGUUUAGUCCACCGGAAAGGGAUAGGCAUCGAGUCUGUCAUCAUUAGUAACUGUAACCAAUCAAAGGAAACAUUCACCGAUUGUAUAUCCUUUGUUCUAAAAUACACCACAUGCGUUAAAAAAAAAAGAAACUCGGCACGUUGUGAGAGAAAAAUAUAUCUGUUAAAAAUUA